AUGAUCAGAAGAAACGGAGGGAUACCAAAAAGAGGCAGUUCCAGCAGACCAAAGAAUUAUGACCUUUGUCAUAAAUGUGCAAAGCCAGGGCAUUUUAUCAAGGAUUGCCCUCUCCUGAAGCAAGAACAUUUCAAGUAUAACCCUGACAAAGCAGCAAAGAGGAACCCGGUGCCUGACAAACGCUUCAAAAGAAAGAACGCCGCUGACAAUGCUGUAAGUCUUGUAGAUGAUAAGGAUGCCCUGACCAUAGAGUUAGGAGAUGCUGAACAAACUAGAGAUGACUUGGUAGUGUGUGUGGUUGAUCUGAAGGAAACAAUAAGUGAUCUGGAGAAUGAAAAGGUGGCUUUGAAUGCAAAAAUUGUUAGUGUAGAACAUGAAAGAGACGACUUUAUAUUAGUAGUUGUUGACCUAAAAGAAACUAUUGAAAAUCUAAGUAAAGAAAAGAAUGACUUAGUGGAAAAAAUCGAUGCCUUAGAGCAAGAAAGAGAUGACCUCCUAGUUGUGAUCAUAGAUUUGAGGGAAACAAUAGAGGAACUCAAAGCAGAGCGUGGGUCUGGGAGGACUGAUAAAGGAAAAGGAGUUGUUAGUGAAGCACAUAUCAGGCUAGAAAAUAAAUUAAAUGCUGUAAAAAUCAGUUUAUGUGAUGAACUUGAAAAAACUAGACAACUCCAAGCAGAAUUGGAUAUAGCAAACAUUGAUCUUGAGAAGUCUCUUAAGUGGACCUGGUCCUCGGAUGCUAUUACUGCCGUGUAUGUUCACAAUGGUGGAAACAGAUCAAAAGAUGAGACCUUUGAACUGUUUGUAGCGUUUGUGAAGAAAAUUCAAGUGAAGAUGGACUUAAAAGUAGCCUGA